UUUUGACGUAAAAAUUGUAUUUUUCCUUUAUUAUGUCGUUAAAAUCCCGAUUCGUAAUGGCCUUAAGCCUGAUCGAUUUCGUGCGGGAAAAAUUCCAAUUUUUCGACGCCCAAGAGGACAAAAUCGCCAAAUAUUGGGAGGGAAAUUCGAGAAACGAUAUCAUCGAAAAGGCCGAUAAGCUGUUCGAGGAAGAGAAGUAUAUCGAGGUCUAUGAACAUUUAAAUAAAAUUAAACACAGCAAAGAUAUAGAUAUUAUUUGGAGAAUAGCCAAGGCCCUAUUCAACAUAUCUCUAACCCCAGAUCUAACCAAUGAAACCAAAAAAGAAAUGAUGGGUGAAGCCUAUGAAAUUCUAGCUGGGGCCACUGCCAUCGGUAAAGGCAAAGGUAACUACUAUAAAUGGAUGGCAAUUAUUACAAACAGAAAAAACGGUCUAGAGAGUCUGGAACAUAAGGUAACACGUUAUCCAGAAAUAAGGGAUCAUUUGAUAAAGGCAAGUGAACAUAGCCCUAAAGACUAUACAGUUCAAUAUAUGCUAGGCAGAUGGCACUACGAGAUGGCUAACUUAACAUGGUUUCAAAGAAAAAUUGCCAAAUAUUUGUAUAAAGAACCUCCCGUGUCGGACUAUCACGAAGCAUAUAGGUAUUUAAGUAAAGCCGAAGAGUUGCAGCCAAGGUCCUUUUUACCUAACGUCUAUCUUUUGGGGCUAGUUUGCAUGAAAAUUGGGCAAAAUUACAGAGCCCGAUAUUACCUGCAGACGGCAAUGAAUCUGCCGGUGCACAACGAAUGUGAAAAAUGCUGCGCCACGAACGCAAGUUUCAUGUUAUCAAAAUUGGAAAAAUACGAUUUGGGCAAAGAUCUGUUGUUCGAUCACUAUCAAUUCGGUUUCGAAAAUUAAAAUAUUACUCUUUUAACGCA